UCGACUCGCGAAACUACUUGUUGAUCCUGUACCUCAUUUUUUAAAAUAAACUCAAAAACAACAACAACUUCACAAUCAUCACCACCCCACAACCACCUAACUCCCCUUUGCCUACUUCCGCUCCUACCACUACUUCGUCCUCUUCCGUGAAGGAAAAGAAGAGUAUUGGAAAGGCAGGAGGUCGCGAAGGCAACCUGAACUAUUCUCCAGCAGAAGAUCUUCAACUGUGUAAAUCAUGGUUGAAGAUCUCGAUCAAUGCCGAAACAGGGACAGACCAGGAUGGUGGCCAAUUCUGGCAAAAAGUUGCUACCCAUUUUGCUUCGCAUAUCGAGGAUCCCAGAGGCGAACGAACGGCCAAAGCCUUGAUGAGCCGUUGGAGUCGUAACAUCCAGAAAGAAGUUGCAAAGUUCUGUGGACACUACGCAUGAACUGGGUCUGGUUAGUAUUGAAUAAAAAGUAUAAGAAAAACAUAUUCGAAAAGAAACAAUUCGCAUUUGAGCUUUGUUGGGAAACCCUCCGUUCUUUUGACAAGUGGAACGACAAGCUGGAAGAAAUGAAGGCAAAGAAAAAUACACCUGCCGACAACAAUAAGAAGGGUAAAGGUAAAGCACCUGCAGUUUCCAAUGUCGGUCAAGAAGGCGAUAAUGGUGAAUCGUCGACCGCGCAAUCCACCAACAAAAGACCGGAUGGAAACAAAAAAGAAAAGGCUCGAACAGAGCUCAAGCGCGACUUUGAUGAAGCGAUGAAAAAUCAAGCCGCAUUUCUCGAAGAAACGAGAAAAAAGAGCAGAUAUUUGGAGCAGCUCGUGGCGGUAGAGAAAAGAAAAGCGAAGGACGACAGAAAAGAAAGGGAUGAGAAGAUCAUGGCUGUCGAUCCUUCACAAUUGGAUCCCGUCCGCCGUCAGUUCUUUGAGAUCCGGCAAAAACAGAUCUUAGAAAGAUUGCUUGCAGGAGGAGCAGAAGAUGAAGAGGAUGAAGAAGACGAUGGAGAAGAAGAUGAGAAGUUUGAAGAAGAGAACGAAGAAGUUGAAGAAGAUUGAGAU